CAUUGCAAGAGCAUCAGACACCUGAACUUUUAACUACCUUAUCAAAACCACGUAGAUACUACAAAAACCACGACUAGACAGAAAAAAGUGUCCAUCGUCAAAGGCUGAAGUCGGUGAGGUGGCGGAGAGGCCAGUUCUUUUCCCUCCUGAGCGGGACACAUGGCUUCAAACAGCAUCUUCGACACAUUCUCCAGCUACUCGCCCAGUUUACUGCGAGACCCGAGCACGAGCAGACGGUUCACGCCGCCCUCCGCCUCGUUCCCGUGCGCUAAAGUGACCGAGAGUCCGAACAUGAGCGCACCGGGACCGCUUCGGGCCGGGCGGCAGAUGGAGAGCCGCACCGUGGUGGACGUGCUGGCGGAUCACGCCGGAGAACUGGUGCGCACCGACAGCCCCAACUUCCUCUGCUCGGUCCUGCCGUCUCACUGGAGGUGCAACAAAACUCUGCCUGUGGCUUUCAAGGUGGUGGCUCUCGGUGACGUUCCUGACGGGACUCUGGUCACGGUAAUGGCGGGAAAUGAUGAGAAUUAUUCCGCAGAGCUGAGGAACGCGUCUGCCGUCAUGAAGAACCAGGUGGCGAGAUUCAACGACCUGCGCUUUGUGGGCAGGAGCGGGAGAGGAAAGAGCUUCACUUUGACCAUCACUGUGUUCACUGGACCACCCCAGGUCGCCACAUACCACCGUGCUAUCAAAGUCACCGUGGACGGACCUCGAGAACCAAGACGUCACCGAGUGAAGCCGGACGACCCUCAUAAGCAGUUCACCGAUCGCCUGAGUGACAUAGAGCGUUUCCAGAGGGCCAGCAUGAGGAUGAACCCUGGCAACGGGACCACCCGCUCCCACCAGACCCAUUACAACCCCUCCAACUCCACACCGAUACCAGCAUUAUGGCCAGAUCAGAUUGACCCUCCUGCACUGAAGACUUGCAAAGUGGAAGACGACUUACGCUGGUCAAGUACAGAUCUGUUCCCUCAGAGGUCAUCUUUCCCGUCUCUCUCUCCAUUAACGGCUCCUCGCUUCUCUGAUUCACACAUGCAUUAUCCGGGUCCCUUCACUUACUCUGCCAACCCGUCCAGCACUGGAAUCGGUGGUCUCAGCGUGACCGGGAUGCCCACCUCCAGCCGCUACCACACCUACCUUCCGCCUCCAUACCCCGGCAACCAGAACCAGAACUCCCACUUCCAGACCAACUCCUCACCGUAUCACCUGUACUACGGCACUGGAUCCGGCUCCUACCAGUUCUCCAUGGUUCCAACCGGUGGCACCGGAUCGGGAGGCGACAGGUCGCCCUCUCGCAUGCUGACGUCCUGCACCGGGACGGGCGGAGCCGGAGGCACUGGCGCUGGAAACAACAGCCUGCUCAACGCCAGCCUCGGCAACCAGAGCGACGGUGUGGAUGCAGACGGUAGCCACAGCAACUCGCCCACAGCGAUGAGUGCAUCCACACGCAUAGACGAGUCCGUCUGGAGGCCUUACUGAGAAAUAGUGGGGAAAAAAAAAGGUCGAAUUUAAGGUGAAAAGUCUUGCAUGUUUGAUCGUUUUGUUUCUUCGUUUCUAUGACAUGACAAUCGCUUCUAAGACAACGUGAUCCAGACCAGAAAUGAAAGAGCUUUUGCUCUGGACGCGCCAGACGGGACAGAAAUGGACCUCCGUUGAUCAAAACUAAAGGAGGACACAAGUCUAACAGGAAAAUUAGGUGUAUAUAGAAAGAUUAUAAUUGAAAAAUAAUAAGAAAAGGCAUCCCAUAGUAAUAUAUCAGCAACUUUUCUUACUAAAAAAGCUGAAAAACCAAAGAAAAAAUGGCAGGUGCUUCAUGGACAUAUUCUGAUGAGCCUGUCACGGAAAAAAGCCAAUUCAUCCAGCCUUACAAACCAUUCUGCCUGAAAGCUGUAAUUCCCAGAGUGCUUUGCAAUCACAAGGAAGUUCCUGUAAACAAUAUGAAAGAGCUUCACAGAGCUGCGGACUGUGGGACUUUCAGUGUGUAAAUAUGAUGAUGAACAAAAAUGCUAGCCACGAGUUUCAGGUACUUUCCAAACUUGCUGAGACAGUCUUGAAAUGAUCAUAUAAUGCAAGUGUGGGGCAGUGUCAGCUUUGUGAGAUGUUAUGCCAAUGGGUUUGUUCAUUUAAACGGAUUUCAGGGUGAAUAUCACAAAACCUGUCAGGAACAUAUUCAGGUCAUGUUUAAUAAGAAAUGAGAAAUUAUAUUUUGCAUGAAGAAAAUGAUGCUUAAAUUUAAAUUAUUUCAUUUGCAAAUCAUUUAAAUUUACAUAAAUAUAGGCAUCAUGUUCGUCAUGCAAAAAUAUUUUUUUGCUUUGAUUUUAGGGUGAAAUGUGAUCUGGACGUGUUUUUCGUGAGAUGCACCCUUUAGCUGCAGGUUCUCCAUUUGUAGAAACAGUGUCUAUAACCCAAAGAUAGACCAGCAAUUUUUUUUUUUCUUGCUUCAUGACAAUUCAUUUGCUUUUGAACUUGAGGAGACUCAUUGUUUUUGGAAUAGUUUUUAGAGUCUUUUUUUUUUUCUCAGUGUUGAUCGCUUUUUCUUCCGACUAUUGAUUUGUUUGAGCUCAGUUUUAUGGUUUGUGUAUUUUUUUAUUUUUUUAUUUAUUUGAGCCAAAGAGGAUGUGUUUCCGGGUCACAAACAUUUUUUUUCUAUUUUUGUUCUUCUUCUUUGUUUUAAUACAAAAUUGGAAGUUGUGCUACUGUAAUAUAUUCUUUCUAAAUUAUACAAAAAUGUUAAUGUAAUGUCUAUGUUUUUCCUAUGCAGCUUUAUGCACUAAAACAUUUAUUUAAGAGGUUCGAUGUCCUUGUUAAACCACAUACUGGAGACAUUCUUACCGGAUUGAGUUCCACAUGAUAUUCAGUCAUGUGCCUGAAAGGCCUCAACCAUCACAAACCAAAGAGUCCAACAAUCACCUGUUGUCAUUCCACGUCUCUAAAGUGUGAAAAAUAUGUUGCUCUAAGCACCUACAUUAUGUGUCUAGUUUUUUUUACCUUGUUCUUGGAAUGACUGAAAUCGGAGACAAUAAUUGGGCACGUUUGAAAGGAGAUCGGCAUAGCUUAUUUGAAUAACAAAACCAUGCACAAGCUCAUACACAGAGAGUAAAGUGGCCAUGACACACACACACACACACACGUCUGGUCAGCUAUCCUUGUGAGGACUCUCCAUAGGUGUAAUGGUUUUUAUACUGUACAGACCGUAUUUUCUAUCGCCCUACCCCAACCCUACACCUAAACCUAACCCUCACAGGAAACUUUCUGCAUUUUUAGAUUUUCAAGAAACUUCAUUCUGUGUAAUUUAUUAGCUUGUUUACCCGUGGGGACCUCAAUUUAGGUCCCCACCGUGACACAAGUCCCCACGAGUCUGUGUGUAUUCAGGUUUAAGUCCCCACCCGAAUAGAAAAACAAGUACACACACACACACACACACACGUAACAGGUGUACUGUAAGUGAAUAUUUCAGCCCAUAACCCGGAGGUUUUUCCCAUGCUCACACCUGCUGCCAUCACCUGAGGGCCGAGAGCCCCAAAAGAGCAAAGGAAACUGGUCGAAAGAUGGAUGAAGAGAGAUGUAUCUCCUUUCUCAGUCACUGGUCAUCCUUCAGGCCUUGUUAUCCAAGCAGAAGUGCCUGUGUUCAGCUUGAUUCACGGCCGCUUUGAUGCCGUUAUGUGGGCGGUUAUUUUCCUUCCCAUUGUGCCUCUGUUUAAUUAUCGCCUAAAGCUGCAGGCUACAGGAAAGAUGUGAGCCGGUCUAGUUACAAGCAGGAGUCGAUUCUCUCCUGCAAGGACUUCUGGGUAAUAGAAACCCUGGGUAAACUGUUUGCUUCUGCAGUUCUUUCAUGUCGUAUGAUGAUUCUCUCUCAGUGCCUCGGUCUGGAACUCUUAAUGUCUGUGGCUAUAAAAUCGUCGUAUUUUCACCCGAGUUUGUUGUGAUCAUUGAUUAUGAUCGAGAUUGAAAUCAAACUAAAUUAAGAUUUGCUGGCCCAAAACAAGACCAAAAACCUAUCUAUUUAUUUCCACACUAUCAGUACUGAUCGUUAUUGUGUUUUUCCUUGGAACAGUCUGUUCACUAAAAGGUUAUGUUCCAAAAACUAACUCUUAAAAAUAAAGGUUCUUUAUUGCCAUUUAUGGUUCGAUUAAAAGGCAUCCAUUGAUCCUUUUUAAUAGUGGAAUAGGAUCUUCACAAUUAGGGAAAAAAAUGGUUCUUUUAUGAACUGUUCACUGAAAGGUUCUUUGCUGAGAGAAAGCCCUUGUAGAACCUUUAUUUUUAAGAGUGUACUGCGCUCCCUACAUAGGCAGCACAGAAUCUGUACCAAAAAUGAAGCGGCAUAAAUAGGCCUGUGUGUUUGUCACUGUGUGAAAUGUUCUGAAUCAGUCACUUAUUUGAAGGCAGAUGCCUAUGUAGGCAUCAAUAAAGCUCAAUAGGUUUUGGAACAUAACCCAAAAAGUUGCCAGUGAAGUGAAUAUCACUGAAGUUUUGUAAAAUGCACAGAUUCUAAUCAUGCUGUAAAAGCUAAAAAAGCACAACACACUCCUGUAGAACAAAUGUUCUUUUUCAGUCAUUGUAUGUUUGUAAUUUUGGUUCUGAAAUAUGCUCUUUUGUUCCUUCAUUGUGUGCUAAUGAUGUAUUUUUUUUAAUGCAUUUUAAUAAUAAAAAAAAAAUAAUAAUGAAAA